AUGAAGCCAGUUUUCUUUACCAAUACACUGUAUCUCCUCUUGCCAGUGCUGGCCAGUGCGGCGCCAGCCCCGAUUAUAGGACGAGAUAUCCAUUCGAGGGGCACAAGCAUCACGGCCCAGCAAAUUAUAGCCAUCGCACCAAGUUCCGCACAAUCUUGCACAAAUCGUGCUGAUAAGAAUGCUCCUACCGAGUGUGCCGAUGCUGAAAAAGUGGCUACGAAUAUUGCCAAGUCGUUUGACAAGUACCAGGUCACAAGCCCUGCUGAGCAGGCGGCUGUGAUUAGUUUGAUGGCUUUGGAGAGCGUGGAAUUCCUAUAUAAUAGGAAUAAAAGUCCUGGCGUACCGGGACAAGGAAGUAUGUACCUCCAGUCAGUCCCUGUUGAGAAAUGCGAGAAGUAA